UUUCUCCCCACCAUCCACCUUUGUGUCCUUGUCCUCAUCUCCCCCUUCUCCUUCAUAGGAUGCUGUCACAGGGGCACAGUCACUCAGCGGCAGCUCAUUGUUGGUGAGCUGCAGCACCAGCCACUCCACUACUCACUGUCACCGGAGGGAAAUUAUCACGUAGUUGAGUACAGAUAGAUAUAAAGUAUCCAUCGAUGGAUCAUAAGACAUGGCUCUGGAGAAAGAAAUCAACAGAGAGGGAGCUGGAGAAGGAGAAGUUUGUAUUAUUAGAGAAAUCCUUGCAAGACUUAAAUGAACAACUUUCAUUUGCUCAGGCUGAGUGCGUUGAGAAGGAUGGUAUUUUAGCUAAACAGGCAAAAGUAGCUGAAGAAGCCAUACUAGGUUGGGAGAAAGCUGAGGCUGAGGCACUAGCUCUCAAGGCACAACUUGAUGAUACACUAGAUGAAAAAACUGCAAUGGAGCAGAGGAUUUGUCAGCUUGAUGAAGCUCUAAAUGUUGCAAUGGUAGAGAGGGACUCAUUAAUAAAGGAGACAGCUCAAAUGCUUUCUUGUGAACAAGACAAAGUUCAGAAGCUGGAAGAAAAUUUAGUGGAUAAAAUAAACAUAAUUGAUAGCUUAGAUGCCGAGAAUGACAAACUUUCUGAAGUUCUGUCAGUGAAAGAGAACAUCAUCUCAGAGCUAAUUGAGUCGAAGCGAGUAAUAGAAUCAAAGUUCAAGGACCUUGCAGUAAAGCUAGAGUCAUCCGAAAGAUCAAAUUCUUCACUUAGAUAUGAGGUUUGCAUGCUGCAGAAGCAACUUGAGAUUCGUAGCGAGGAAAGGAAAUUUAGUCUGAAAUCUGCUGAUGCUGCACACAAACAGCAUCUUGAGAACGUAAAGAAGAUAACCAAGCUUGAAUCAGAAUGUCAGAGAUUGCGUUCAAUGGUACGUAAAAGGCUACCAGGUCCUGCUGCCAUUGCCAAAAUGAGAAGUGAAGUUGAAACAGUGGGUAGCAACACAGCAAUCACAAGGACGAGAAAGUUGAAUUCAGUGACAUCACAGAACCCAGGCGUUUCAGUACAGAACUCUCAUGAUGCAUCACCUGUAAAUUCUCCAUUACUUGCAAGGCUACAUGCGAUUGAAGAUGAAAAUAAGGUCAUAAAGGAAUCUCUUUCUAGGAAGGAUUGUGAGCUUCAGUUUUCUCGGACCAUGCUUGCUCGCACAACUUCCAAACUUUCCCAAGUUGAAGCCCAGCUUGAAGAAUUAUCGAGAGGUCGAACUGCUGCAGAAUUGGUAAAAGGUAGCCCUACACUGGUUGAAAAUCCUCUUUCAUCCAUCUCCGAGGAUGUCUGCAAUGAAGAUAAUGUCAGCUGUUCAGCCUCAUGGGCAUCAGCCUUGUUGUCUGAACUGGAACACUUCAAGAAGGGGAAACUCACAGCACAUUCAAGUAAGAGCACAGGAGUAUCAGACAUGAGUUUCAUGGAUGACUUUGCAGAGAUAGAAAAGUUAGCAUCGGUAUGUAGUGAUAAACCUGUGGAACCAUAUGGUUCAAAGAGAGAGGUCGUAGAGUCAUCAGGAAAAGAGCUAGCUCCAGUUGAUGUCCCCACUGGAGCAACUGAUCAAAUUCACCAACCUAAGAUUGAGAAGGCUGUCCUGAAGUUAAUUGAACUUAUUGAGGGAGUUAUCCAAAGAUCAUCAAAGGAUUGUAGUAGCACAGUUGUGCUAUCUGGCAGUGAUGAGGAUAAUGGCCAGGGAACACUGUCGGGCUACGUUGCUCGCGCGUUCUUGUGGAAUAUGUCAGAACUUACUUCUGUACUGCAAAACUUUGUCUUUGCAUGCAACGAGCUUCUGUAUGGGAGUACUGAUAUUGAAAGCUUUGUUCAUGACCUCCAACUCACAUUAGAUUGGAUAAUCAACCACUGCUUCUCACUUCGAGAUGUAUCAGACAUGAAGGAAGCUAUUGUGAAGCAUUUGGAGUUAAACAAUAGCGACGGACUUGAAAUUGUUGCAGUAACCAGGCACACUGGAAUCCAUACUGAAGAUGAGCCUAGAAUGCUGGAGAAUGUUCAGACGCCGCUAUUAGCUGACUCAAGUCGUAUAAAUAUUGAAUCUGAAUCUGAUGCUAGCACACAGAAGACAGGUAAUGAAGUAGCAGUCUCCAAAUUUCAGGGGAUAGAAGAAAAAGCUUCAACUUUGCGGGCAGAACUUAAUGAGUUGAAUGAAUCUAGAAAAAUGAAUAUAUGUAGCACACAUGCAUCCAUCUGCUUACCUGGACUAAAUAAGGGCAAGCAAGAGGGGGUUAGUUGUCUUGAAUCCAAGCAUCAGCUUGAAUGUUGCCCUGCUAAAGAAGGCUCAAAAAAUGUUGGUGAGAAUGACGAGAAGCAUCUGCAGAUGCAGCUGGAGAUCUCAACGGCAUCAGAGAAGCUGAUUGAGUGCCGGGAGACAAUAUUAAACCUGGGGAAACAACUGAAGGCGUUGGCAUCUCCAAAGGAUGCGGUCCUCUUCGACCAGGUGCUCCAGACUGCAGGUCGUUCUGAGCGGAAGCCCCGAUCACAAUCACUAAGCGAGAUGCUAUCCAUGGAGGAUGGUGGAUUCUAUGACCCAAGCUCCCCCAAAACCAAGGAGAUCAUCUGUACUGAACCGAGGGCAUCAAGUGAAAGAAACCUCUCUGCCGACGAGGGAGAUGGUGGUUCUGCCGCAGCAUGUAGUUCCUCGCAACCAAUGCCAGUGGCGCAACCCAUAAAGCAGGCUUGCAGGGUGAAUGGAACCUGCAAGGGCGAAGCUGAUGUGAAGGUAGUAACACUUGCCGUUGUCCCGAGAAAGCAGAAGGGGAACAGCAGCUUGCUGAAGAGGAUUCUGACGGGGAGGAGGAAGGAGGCCAUGGCCAAGCCACAGGUGGUACUGAGUUCUUAGCUGACAGAAGAACGGGGCCCUGGACAUAGCAAGUCUUCCUUUCAGGUGUAAAUUAAGUGUGUUCGUUUGUGUGUGGAGCCGUGUUAGGUGAGAUUAGUAAUAAAAUUGCAGUGUGUUGUGUACAUGUUGUAUGGACUAGUGCGGUAUGUGACACAGUGAUCAUCAUGACCUUGUUUUCAUAAGACCACCUGCUUGUGUGUUCUGGGGAGUUUCUUA